AUUGAAUUAUAUACCAUCCUCUUCCUCUUCGUCUCAUCUCUUCUCCUCCCACCAAUUUUCAAACCAAUUCAUUUUCUUCUCUAAACCCUAAUCCAAUUUCUAUCUUUCUGUUCACAAUAUGCACUCCCCAACUCUUCCACACGAUAACCUCGACACCACACCAUUUUUAACCCACUCAAUUCCCGACCACCUCAUCCGAAGCCGCGGCCUCCUCCGUCGUCCGCCUCCCCCUCUGCGCGGCGUCGCCGCGCGUCUCCUCAGACGCGCUAGCGGGCGUCGCAUGAUGCUGCGAGAGCCGUCUGUGCGCGUCAGAGAAACGGCAGCGGAACAGCUGGAAGAGCGUCAAAGCGACUGGGCCUACUCGAAGCCCAUCUUAGUUCUUGACGUUAUGUGGAAUUUAGCAUUUGUAUUAAUUGCUGUUGCGGUAUUGGGUUUGGGUAUAAACGAAAAUCCUAAAGUGCCUCUAAGGUUGUGGAUUGCUGGCUAUGCUUUGCAAUGUAUGUUUCACGUUUUUUGCGUGUUUUUAGAAUGUAAAAGAAGGCGUGAAGGGGAAGAUUUGGUUUUUAGUGAUUCGGUUUCUGGGUCCAGUAGUGAGGGUGCUGAUUCUGAAGAUUACGAACAAGACCACCUUCACACUGAGGAUGGAACCAGUGUUGCAAAGAAUUUGGAGUCUGCAAAUACUAUGUUUUCAUUUUUAUGGUGGAUCAUUGGGUUUUACUGGAUAACUGCUAGUGCUGAAUCUUUGACACGUGAUUCGCCGCAGCUUUAUUGGCUUUGUGUAAUAUUCCUUGCGUUUGAUGUAGUCUUUGUUAUGCUCUGUGUUGCGGUGGCAUGUCUAAUUGGUAUUGCUGUUUGUUGCUGUCUUCCUUGUAUACUUGGAAUACUAUAUGCCUUGACAGAGCGGGAAGGAGCCACAGAAGAAGAGGUUGAUCGAUUGCCAAAGUAUAAAUUCCGGAGAUUAGGCGAUUUUCAGAAAGUUAAUGGUGAAAUUCAAGAAUCUUUUGGUGGAAUAAUGAUCGAGUGUGACACUGAUACACCCACAGAACAUGCUCUUUCCCAUGAGGAUGCUGAAUGUUGCAUCUGCCUUUCUGCCUAUGAUGAUGAAACUGAACUGCGUGAGCUUCCCUGCUGUCACCAUUUCCAUUGUGCUUGUGUAGACAAGUGGCUAUACAUUAAUGCAACCUGUCCUCUUUGCAAGUUCAACAUUCUGAAAAGUGGCAACCAAAGAGGCAGCGAAGAGGUAUAGUAACUCAGGUUUUACAUUUGACUGUGAAUAGAGCUCUUCUUUGAUGGCUGUCUAUUAUGCGUGAAUGCAUGUGGUAUCUUGUUGGGAACCAUGACCUCGAGUCCUGGAGGCAGCCUUAUUGCAAAGUUGUGUAGUUUCAGCCUAUUAGCAGGUGUUGCUUUGUUCUACUACUUCUAAGUGUUGUAUGUAUAUUGAUUAUAUAUCUUAGUUGGUAUGCUAGGUUAUGAGAAAAUGGUAUAAUUUUGUAUUCAUUGUAAAUACUGUUAUUUUCCUCUUGUAUUUAUGUGCGUAGUGUAUUGUAUCUUAAUAUAUUGUAAUUGUAUACGAUAAAACAAAAAUUCAGUAGUAGCACUUCUGCAGUGUCUCAACUAUUUAUGUGCGUUAUUGUAUCUUCACAUA